AUGGCUGCAUUGUAUGCUGUUGGAGCCCUACACUAUGAUUCUGUGGUCAGCACUACUUUGGAGGAGAGCGGUGGUAAACUUGUCCUUUUUUACCCUCUGAUUGACGUGGACAUAAGACAGAGUUAUGAAAGUACAUGGGGUGUCCGGCAUAUAAACUUCCAUAUUUCCAUGCAGUCUCUGGGUAUCCCUAAGCCCAUGUACCCCCUGUCCAAAGAACGUUCCAUAACAGGACCCCAGAUCUUGGUGACUCAUGUCACAAUUAUAUAUAGGUUACUGAGAUUUGAACAUGUACAGCAAUUCAUGCUGCCUUUAUCAUCACAACCGAGAACUAAUGUAUCACAUGAAGAUAAAGAAAAUUUGGAACUUUUGAAAUUGAUAGACUGGCCAAGACCUCCAUCAGUUAUAACCAACUUCAAUGUUUCCACCAGCCCUAAAACUUGCCAGUAUUACACUCUGAACUCACAAACUGAAUACAAAGUGGGGGAUACCCUGAAGGUUAUAAUAUUAUCUCACGAUCACGAUGGCCGUCCCAAGACUUAUGGAGGAGACUUUUUCCGGGCAAAAGUGCAUUCUCCUAAUCUUAAGGCUGGAAUAACUGGACAAGUGUUGGACUAUGGUAAUGGAACUUAUCUUGCUACAUUUCUACUCUUGUGGCCAGGAGAGGUACAAGUCGACAUCCGAUUGUUUCACUCAAGUGAGGCUGUGGCUGUUCUAAAGGACAAAAGAGAUAGAUUUCCAGAAAAGGUCUAUUUUCAUGGCCAUUUUCAUUAUAAUGGGAGCACUGAAGUAACAGAAUGCAAUUUAGAGCUGUCACAAAGUAAUGUCUGUAUAUACAAGGACCCUCUAGGUGGUGGAACGUGGCAGUGCGUAAAACCACAGAAUUUAUCUUGUGACUGUUUGGUUUAUCAUGAAGCAGGUGGAUACCGCAAAGUGACAAAUUCAUUUGAAGACACUCUACUUUUUGGGUCUGUCACAGAUCAGAUAAUUCGAGGAUCAGUUCCUAAAAUUAAAGUUGAGAUGUCAAACUAUACCUUGGACCUCACAUCUAAGCUUCCAGCCUGUAUCCCUGGUCUGGAACUACAAACACCAUCUGGCUAUUAUUAUAAUGACAUGUGGAAAUCUCUAGUGUGUUUGGGGCAACACUUUCCUAAACAUUCUAAUGCCAGCUCCUGCCUACGGGGGAAGAUUAUCUACAUGUUUGGAGACUCAACUCUACGUCAGUGGUUUGAAUAUCUGGAACAUUUCAUUCCAACUCUGAAGAGGAUUGACAUGCAUGUUAACUACCAGUCUGGUCCUCUGGUGGCAACUGAUCCUGAGUUCGGAAUAUAUAUGGAAUGGCGGGCCCAUGGGUUACCCCUGCGGACCUCCAAAACCAUGUUAUCUGACUUGCAUUAUGAAGCAGCACAUAUUGCUGGAAUUGGGGGAGGACCAAACACAGUGGUGGUUUUGACUAUCUGGGCGCACUUCACCACCUUUCCUGUUACAUACUACAUACGGAGGAUAGCUGCAAUACAUCAAGCAAUUGCUUCUCUUCUUUUCCGUAGCCCUCAGACUACUGUGUUGAUUAAGUCGGCCAACACCGGCUACAAAUCUAUAUAUGGCAGUGACUGGCUGUCCCUUCAGCUUGAUACCAUACUUAGGGCUUCCUUCAAGGGAAUGGCUGUUACUGUGCUGGAUGUCUGGGAUAUGACAUCAUGUCACUACCUGCCAGAUAUGAUUCACCCAGGACAGCCAGUAAUCAGAAAUGAGAUAGAUCUAAUGUUGUCCUAUAUCUGUCACAUAUGA